AGGAAAAUCUGUCUCCGGAGUUCUUUUACCCUGUUUCCCAUCGUUUGGCAGUUAAAAUCUUCCAAAGUUUCCUCCAUUUCGUGUCUUAUACACUACACCUAAGAUCCGUACAUUGUCAAAAUCAGCCCAAAAACAUCCCAAACAGACUGCAACUCCAUGACGGUGGCGGUGAUGGCUGUCUUACAAAUGGUGGCAUCGCCGAUCCUGAAGAAGCUCCUCACUGAUACUUCGACGUACCUCGGGGUUGACAUGGCGAGUGAGCUCCAUGACCUUGAGACCACCAUCAUGCCACAGUUCGAAUUGAUGAUUGAUGCGGCUAACAAGAACAACCACAGGGCUAAGCUGGACAAAUGGAUCCAAGAGCUCAAACAAGCCUUCUUCAGCGCAGAAGACUUGCUGGAUGAUUAUGAGUAUAACCGCCUUGAGAGCAAAGCGAAGAGCGGGAAGGAUCCCUUGCCACGACAUGCCUGUACCACCAGCACUAUUAUGAAGCCUGUGCAUUUUGUGUCCAACCGGUUGUCAAAUAUGUCCUCCAACAACAGGAAGCUAAUUCGCCAACUGAAGGAACUGAAGGCCAUUCUGGCAAAAGGCAAGGAGUUCCGUGAUCUUGUUUGCUUACCAGCUGGCAACACUGCAGAGGGCCCUGUUGUACAAGCAGCCGUUGUUCCUCAGGUCACAUCAAUUCCACCUCCGAAUGUAAUAGGUCGUGACAAGGAUCGCGACAAUAUAAUAAACCUUCUUACCAAGCAGGUUGGUAUUGAGUCUAGUUCAGCUACAUAUUCGGGUUUGGCUAUUAUUGGAGCAGGAGGCAUGGGAAAAUCCACCUUGGCACAAUAUGUUUACAAUGACGAGAGGGUAAAAGAACAUUUUGAUGUCAGGAUGUGGGUGUGCAUCUCACGCAGACUUGAUGUCGAACGUCAUACACGGGAGAUUAUUGAGUCUGUGGUGGAGGGCGAAUGCCCACGUCUUGGUAAUCUUGAUCCUCUCCAGUGCAAAUUAAGGGGCUUGCUGCAAAACUCAAAGAAAUUCCUGCUUGUAUUGGAUGAUGUUUGGUUUGAAGAAUCUGGCAAUGAGAUGGAAUGGGAGCAACUCCUGCGUCCAUUAGUUUCUGAGCAGACUGGAAGCAAAGUUUUGGUGACUUCUCGAUCGAAUAUACUUCCAGCUUCUCUUUACUGUAACAAGAUUGUUCCUUUGGAAAAGAUGGAAGACGCCGAGUUCUUGACACUCUUCAAAAAUCAUGCCUUUUCUGGAGAAGAAAUCGGAAAUUGUAGGCUACGUCAGAAGCUAGAAGAGAUUGCAGAGAAGAUUGCCAAUAGACUGGGACGAUCUCCUUUAGCAGCAAAAACAGUGGGUUUACAGUUGAGCAGGACAAAGGAUACCACUUCAUGGAAUUAUGCUCUAAAGACGGACAACUUAAAUGAUCCCGGGAGAGCUCUGUUGUGGAGUUAUGAUAAGUUAGAUCCACGUCUGCAGAGAUGCUUUCUAUAUUGCAGCUUAUAUCCAAAAGGCUAUCGCUAUAACAUGAGGGAGUUGGUUCAUCUGUGGAUUGCAGAGGGAUUUAUUGAUUCGUGCAACGAGAACAAAAGAGUGGAAGAUAUUGGAAAAGAUUACUUCAGUGAGUUGGUCUCUGUUUCAUUCUUUCAAUCAGUUACCGAGAUAAACUCUACUACAUCCUAUGUUAUGCAUGAUCUUAUUCAUGACUUGACACAGUCACUCUCUAUAGAGCAUUGUUUCACAUUGGAAGAUGAUAAGAUGGCAGAAAUACCAAGCACUGUUCGACACUUAUCUGUUCGUGUUGAGAGUAUGAUACAGCAUAAGCAAAGCAUUUGCAAGCUACAUCAUUUACGUACUAUUAUCUGCAUUGAUCCAAUUAUAGAUGAUGUAAGUGAUGUUUUUAGUCAGAUACUGCGGAAUUCGAAGUUGCGUGUACUAUAUUUGUCAGUCUUCAACAGUGGCAAGUUGCCAGAAUCAAUAGGUGAGCAGAAGCAUCUUAGGUAUUUAAACAUGGUCAAUACGUGGAUUUCUGAAUUGCCAAGAUCAUUAUUUACCCUUUACCACUUACAGUUCCUUAAGUUCAGUCCCAAAGUUGAGAAUUUGCCUGAAAAUCUCUGCAAUUUAAGUAAGCUGUGGUAUCUUGAAAGGCACAGUUUGUAUGGUAAUAGAAUAAAAGAUCCAUACAACAAUGCUCUGCCUCAAGUUCCUAACAUAGGCAAGCUUACUUUGCUCCAAGAACUUAGUUAUUUUUCUGUGCAAAAGCAGAAGGGAUAUGAGUUGUGGCAGCUGAGGGAGAUGAACGGCCUUGGUGGCUCUUUAAAUGUUACACAUCUUGAGAAUGUCACAAUGGAUGAAGUUUUGGAGUCAAACCUACACCAGAAAACUCAUCUGGAAAGCUUGCAGCUUGGCUGGAGUUAUAUGGAUGACAUAAAUGUAGAGGACAGUUUACACCUGAAGAUUCUGGAAGGCCUGAUGCCACCGCCUCAACUUAGGGACCUCGCAAUUGAAGGUUACAGAUCUGCAAAAUAUCCAGGUUGGUUUCUUGAGGAUUCACAUUUUGAGAAUUUGGAAAACUUUGUGCUUGUUAAUUGCACUGCGUUAGAAAGCCUACCAACCAAUGCAGAACUCUUCAGGAAUUGCUGCUCACUUCGCCUCAAGAAUGUGCCAAACCUAAAGACAUUACCUUGUCUUCCAGCAGGUCUUAAAACGUUAUCAAUUGCAAAGUGUCCACUGCUUAUAUUUGUUUCCAGCGUUGAACCAGAACAGCAUGAUCAGUGGGAGGACAUUAUGAAUACAGACCAAUUGGUAUCAAACCUUUCUUUGAUCGUGAGUGGGUUUCAGGUAUCAGACACACGGGACAUAGUAUCAUUGGAAUUUUCAUCUUUGGAGCAGUUGAUGGCAUUGAUGGAUGCGGAUAUGUCACAUCUUGAAAACAUUAGAAGUGUUAUAGAAAGAAAGGAAUUUGUGAUAAAGGAUAGCAUCAAUGCAUGGAUAUGUUGCCACAAAGAGAGGAUGAGACUCAUUUAUGGAAGGAACAUUGGGCUGCCUCUGGUUCCAACAUCAGAACUAACCCAGCUUGAACUUUCUUCAUGCAAUAUUACAGAUGGGGCAUUAGCUGUUUGCCUUAAUGGUCUCACUUCACUGGAAAUUUUGCGCUUAAAUGAGAUCAUGACUUUGACUACACUUCCGUCUCAAGAGGUCCUCCAACAUUUGACAAACCUAACAGAGCUGGAUAUCAAGUCUUGCUGGUGUCUCAGGUCAUUAGGGGGUUUAUGAGCAGCUACCUCUCUUUUGGAAGUCUGUUUAAUUUCCUGCCCUUCUCUAGACUUGACAGAUGGAACAGAUGAACUGCCGUUAUCUCUUAAGAAUCUAUAUAUAUACUGGUGCGUGCUUGCAGCUAAUUUCUUCAGUAGUGGCCUGCCGCACCUGACAAACCUUGGCAUGGUUGGCUGCAGAAGCUCUGCAUCCUUGUCGAUUGGUCAUCUGACCUCCCUUGUAUCAUUAAGACUACGAGAUCUCCAGGAUCUGUGUUCUCUUGAAGGACUUCCUUCCCUGCAACUUCACGACUUAGAGUUGAAAGAUGUCCCGAAGCUCAACGCCAAGUGCAUGUCACAGUUUCGGGUGCAGAAAGCACUUACUGUUAGCAGCCCUGUGAUACUCAACCACAUGCUCGGCGCUACAGGUUUUACAGUUCCAGAAUUUCUCUCCCUUCAAGGAUGCAAGGAGACAUCCCUUUCAUUCGAAGAAUCUGCAAAUUUCUCAUCCGUGCAGCACCUGAUAUUAUAUGAAUGUGAAAUGAGGUCCUUGCCAGGAAAUCUCAAGUGCCUGACCAGUCUGAUACGACUUGAUAUCGGCUACUGUCCCAACAUAUCAUUUUUACCUGAUCUGCCAUCCUCCCUCCAACGUAUAUCUGUUUGGUAUUGUGAGCACUUGAAGAAGAGUUGCCAAGCACCUGAUGGAGAAAGCUGGCCAAAGAUUGCGAGUAUCCGUUGCAAGGAAUUCAUAUGAACUAUGAUUUCAGAUUGAAAGUGCAUUAUAUCGACUA